UUACAAAUUAUUCUUAAGUAUCAUAUUACUUUUAGAAUCCAGAAGCAAAAAUACAAACUUUUUUUUUUUCAAGGUAAAAAAAAUCGCGCCUUGUACAGAAAUGUCACGGAGAAGCCUGCCAGGUCUCGCGGGUGGAGCACCUUGGGGAGGGGCGGGGCGGAGUCGCGUGGAACGUGACGUUUCAAACCUGCGCGCCCCCCGCGAGCGCACAGACCGGCGUGGUCUCAGAUAGGGACGUUUGGACUCGGGCCUGUGCAGAUGCAGCAGCUAGGAGUCCAGAGCUUCGCCCCGCCCCCGCUGGGUUGACCCACAGCUCAAUAGGAGUUGCAGAGGGGAAUCAAUGGAUUCAGGAAGCAGUAGGAAUUUGGAGAAUACAGUGAAUAGGGACUGUCCUGACCAGCUUGUCCCAAAGAUAAACACAAACAAGAAAAUGUCUACCUUAGCAAGCCAGCCACGCAUCCUGGAAACAUCACAAGAAGUUAAGAAAAGUUGUGGAGAUAAACAGGUAGAAAUCACAGUGGAAAGAAUAAAAAUGACAAAGAGCAUCAAAGAAAAACAUAGCAAUGAUUUAGAGAAAGUGGCUUUUAAAAGAAAGGCAGAAAAUGAAGAAAAGCCAGCUGGAAAGAAAGAGGCAAAGAUAACGGAACUUGACAGCACAUUGAUCACCAUGCCUCUGCCUCACAUCCCCUUAAAAAAUAUCAUGGAUGUGGAGGCGAAGUUGGUCUACGUCGAUGAAGAGGAUGUGAGCUAUGAGUUUGUAGAGUCCUUCGUGUCUACUGGGAUUCGACCAUCAUGCCAAGCUGCUGAAAUUGUAGACCCUCUGCAUGUACCUAAUUUCAGCUUUCUGCCUCAGAUUGACAAAUGGCUUCAGUUAGCCUUAAAGGAUGCCAGCUCUUGCUACAGACAAAAGAAAUACGCCGUGGCAGCAGGACAGUUCAGAACAGCAUUGGAGCUUUGUAGCAAAGGGGCAGCUCUGGGAAAACCAUUUGAAGCAUCUGCUGAAGAUAUAGCAAGUGUGGCAAGUUUCAUUGAGACAAAGCUUGUUACAUGCUAUCUACGCAUGAGGAAACCCGACCUUGCCCUGAAUCAUGCACACAGGAGUAUUGUUUUAAACCCAGCUUAUUUCCGAAAUCAUCUUCGCCAGGCAACAGUGUUUAGAUGUCUGGAGAGAUAUUCAGAAGCUGCUCGGAGUGCCAUGAUUGCUGACUACAUGUUCUGGCUCUGUGGAGGAAGUGAACAGUGUAUAAGCAAGCUCAUCAAACUGUAUUGGCAGGCCAUGAUUGAAGAAGCCAUCACCAGAGCAGAAUCUUUCUCAGUUAUGUAUACACCAUUUGCAACAAAAAUCAGAGCUGAUAAAAUAGAAAAAGUAAGAGAGGUUUUCACAAAAACUCAUCCUGCAUAUGUGGAAUACAUCUACACAGAUCUUCAAGGAGUCCACAUGUUGCCUCAGACAGUUGACUGGUCAUCUUUUCCUCCCCAACAAUACCUCUUGACUCUUGGGUUCAAAAACAAAGAAGAUGGAAAAUUUUUGGAAAAACUAUCAAGUAGGAAGCUGCCUACAUUUACAGAACAUAAAACUCCCUUCGGUCUGCUGACCAAAGAAGACACAGUGAGGCACAUGGAGACAAUGGGGAAGCGGAUCUUGCCAAUACUGGAUUUUAUUAGAAGCACCCAAUUGAAUGGGAGUUUCCACGGGUGCUCGGGUGUGAUGGAGAAGCUGCAGUAUGCCAGCCUCCUGAGCCAGCUGCAGAGAGUGAAGGAGAAGUCCCAGGUGAUCAAUCAAGCAAUGGCGGAGCUGGCAACCAUUCCCUAUCUACAGGACAUCAGUCAAGAGGAGACGGAAUUGCUGCAGUCACUAAUGGCAGAUGCUAUGGACACCCUUGAAGGAAGAAGAAACGAUAAAGAACGUGUGUGGAAUACAAUCCAAAAGGGGAAUCUGAAAUGGAAACAGAAGGAGGCUUUUACGUUCAAUCAUGUCCAUCUCCGCCGAUUCUGUUCCAACAUGGAUCUGUUGGACGAAUUGAAGACUUCCUAUACCAAUUAGAGGAUAGUUUCUUAAAAACUAAAAAACUGAGAACCGCUAGAAGGCAAAAAACAAAACUGAAGCGGCUUCAAACUGUGCAGCAAAGCUAGUCACUGGGGAGCAGGUGCUACUAACCAUCAAGAUGUCCCAGAGAAAGGGGCAAUGGCCUCCAACCAACCUGACUGUGACAAUCCAGUAACAAAGGCCUAUCACCAAAGAAGUGAGGUUGGACUCCCCUUGGCUCUUCUUUACAAAGGUGUUCUAUACUUCAUUAAUCUUGACUGGCAGCAGUAAAUGUUCUCAACAAGUUUGACUUGACUCUUGUUCAAAUUCGACUUAUGUAAACAGCUUAUAAAAUAACCGUUGCUGCCUCUUU